AUGUCUGUUGUUUUGGUGCAGGGAUGUCGUACGAAACUUCCCAGUGCGUUUUGCCAGGAGCCUGAUUCUGAAUACACUGUGUUUCAGGCUGCUUGGAGCCUAAAAGCACGAGCUUUAACAGAAAUGGUGUAUGUGGAUGAAAUCGAUGUGGAUCAGGAAGGAAUUGCAGAGAUGAUGCUUGAUGAAAAUGCUAUUGCUCAAGUUGCACGACCAGGAACAUCUUUGAAACUCCCGGGAACUAGCCAAGGUGGAGGUCCCAGCCCAGCUGUUAGGCCAGUAACUCAGUCAGGAAGACCUAUUACAGGAUUUGUGAGACCCAGCACGCAAAGUGGACGGCCAGGUACUAUGGAACAGGCUAUAAAAACACCUCGAACAGCUCACACGGCUCGUCCAAUUACUAGCGCUUCUGGGAGAUACGUCAGGCUAGGAACGGCCUCAAUGCUAACAAAUCCGGAUGGCCCUUUCAUAAAUACGUCUCGACUGAAUUUAGCAAAAUAUGCUCAGAAACCCAAACUGGCAAAGGCAUUAUUCGAAUAUAUUUUUCACCAUGAAAAUGAUGUAAAAAAUGCUCUAGAUUUGGCAGCCCUUGCCACUGAGCAUGCACAGUUCAAAGACUGGUGGUGGAAAGUCCAAAUUGGGAAGUGCUAUUAUAGGUUAGGAUUAUAUCGAGAGGCUGAAAAACAAUUUAAGUCAGCUCUCAAGCAACAGGACAUGAUUGAUACAAUCUUGUAUUUGGCAAAAGUGUAUUUGCGCUUGGAUCAGCCUGUAACAGCGUUGAACCUUUUCAAGCAAGGGUUAGAUCGAUUUCCUGGAGAAGUGGCUCUUCUUUGUGGAAUUGCCAGGAUCUAUGAGGAAAUGAACAAUAUCUCCUCAGCUGCAGAGUACUACAAAGAGGUCUUAAAACAAGACAAUACUCACGUGGAAGCCAUUGCAUGCAUUGGCAGUAACCAUUUUUAUUCAGACCAGCCCGAGAUAGCUCUGCGGUUUUAUAGACGACUCCUGCAGAUGGGUGUUUACAACUGCCAGCUUUUUAACAAUCUUGGCCUCUGUUGCUUCUAUGCCCAGCAAUAUGAUAUGACCCUAACUUCAUUUGAACGUGCACUUUCUUUGGCUGAAAAUGAGGAAGAGACAGCAGAUGUGUGGUACAACUUGGGACAUGUGGCAGUGGGGAUAGGAGAUCUGAAUCUGGCUUACCAGUGUUUCAUGCUGACGAUAGUUAACAAUAACGACCAUGCCGAGGCUUACAACAACUUGGCUGUGCUGGAAAUGCGAAAAGGUCACGUUGAGCAGGCAAGAGCUUUGCUGCAGACUGCUUCAUCUUUAGCACCUCAUAUGUAUGAGCCCCAUUUUAAUUUUGCAACACUCUCAGAGAAGGUUGGAGAUCUUCAGAGGAGUUACGUAGCUGCUCAGAAGUCAGAGGAAGCAUUUCCAGGCCACGUUGAUACACAACAGCUCCUCAAACAGUUAAAAGAGCACUUUGCUAUGCUCUGAUGACAUAUUUGUUACUGUGGAAAAACAGUUCAAGAUUAGCCAGAACUUAUGUCCAGCACAUUUUUAAAAAAUAAUAGUUCAGAGUAAACAGAUAUACUGUACUACUUCUGUCCCUGUGGCAAAACCCAUGCUCCCUUGAGUAGCAGGAAAAGUUUAAGAAUCCUCAUUAGUUUGUGUCAUUUUAAGACAUACCACUUCUUGAAAUGCAGCCAGAACACGUGUAGCUACUACAUACAAGAGCGAAUGUAAGAGUGGCAGGAUACUUCCCCUGGGACAGCUUUGAAAUAGUUGUCUGGUAUAAUAGCAAGUAAUUCCCCAUUUAACAUUCAUUAACUUUUUAAAGAAUUUGUUCUGACUUUUCUGCAGAAAAAAGUGUUUUUAAAUAUUCCUGUAUGGUAGUCUGUCAAGCAGCAUGGAGUAAGAAUACUUAAUAACUGGUCUUCAAACUUGGCUUUUGAUAUUGAGUAGUUUCUUACUGAACAUUAAGUUUUAAAACUGACAUACUUAAAAUGCAUUUAAAAUACACGUACAAAGCAGAAGUUCAUCUAUUACUUGUUGUACCACAGAAAUAAAAUAAAUUCCAA